AAACCAGACAGCUCCGCGGUGCUGAAAAGCCGCUCUCAAACGUCAUCGUCUUUAUUAUUGGUGAAAUAUGUACGGAUUUAAACUGGAAUGGAUAUGUUUGUUAUCACGAUUAAGAUAACACGGUUUAACAUUGGUAUAAACGUCCAGUAUAAAGAUUAAGUUAAAGGACACAGCAACGGAUCCAGUUUAACAAUGGAGUCUUGCAAAAGGUACGUGCUGCUCGUUGUUCUCGCAAUUUCAUGUUUUGUUCAAAAGACAAUGACAUCCGCGAACCAUUACUCAAUACCGGAGGAAAUGAAAGAAGGAUCAGUUGUAGCAAACCUCGCUAAUGAUCUCGGACUGGAUGUAAAAACACUGAAUCAGAGGAAGAUGCGUGUAGACAUAAUCGCCAACAAAAAAUAUCUGGAUGUGAACAAAGAGACUGGUGAACUGUAUAUUGUUGAGAAGAUUGAUAGAGAAAACUGCAAUACCAAGUCCUCAGCGUCAUGCUAUCUCAAACUGGAAGUAAUACUGGAAAAUCCAGUACGAAUUUUUAACAUAGAAGUGGAAAUUUUGGAUAUGAACGACAACGCCCCACAAUUUCGUAGAGAUGCGAUACACUUGGACAUUUCUGAAGCGACACCGAAAGGAGAGAGAUUCUCUCUCAGCAAUGCAGUUGAUCCUGAUGUCGGAAGCAACUCUGUGAAAACAUAUCAUCUGAGUGAAAGUGAAUAUUUUAACAUUGAAGUUCAGACAGGAAGAGACGGGUCGAAAUUUGCAGAAUUCAUUUUACAAAAAACUUUAGACAGAGAGGAGCAGGCUAUUCAUAACCUAAUACUCACAGCCGUAGAUGGAGGCACACCUGCUCGUUCUGGUACUGCCAGUGUUAUUGUUCGUGUGCUAGACACAAAUGAUAACGCUCCUGUGUUUAAGGAAGCGAUUACAAACGUUAAAAUAAUGGAAAAUUCUCCCAUUGGAAGCCUUGUUGUUGAUCUAAAUGCAACAGAUUUAGAUGAAGGAUCGAAUUCUGAUAUAACUUACUCCUAUAGUUUAUAUACGUCAGAGAAAACGCAGCAAACAUUUAAUCUGAAUCCAUCCACUGGCGAAAUUACAGUCAAGGGAAUGUUAAACUAUGAGGAUUUCAGGAUUUAUGAUAUGGAAGUUAUAGCAACUGAUCAUGGAGACAAUCGUUUAUCAGCACAAUGUACCAUAAAGAUUCUGGUUGAAGACAUGAAUGACAACCACCCAGAAAUAUCUAUUAAAUCCUUUCAUAGUCCAGUAAAUGAAAACAUAGAAUUAGACACAGUGAUAGCUGUAGUUAGUGUCAGUGAUAAAGACUCAGGUGACAAUGGAGUAGUUGAUGUUCAUAUUCCAGAUAAUAUGCCUUUCAAACUGAGAGAAUCCUCUGAUAACUAUUAUGAAUUAGUGGUGUCAGAGCCCUUAGACCGCGAGAAGGUUCCAGAAUAUGACAUCACUUUCACUGUUACAGACAGAGGCUCUCCCCCUUUAUCUGACAAUGAAACUAUGACUUUAGAGCUGCUGGAUGUUAAUGACAAUGUCCCACAGUUCCCUCUGUCAUUUUAUACUAUACGUGUGAUGGAGAAUAAUGCACCUGGGGCCUUGCUCAGUUCACUCACUGCCUUUGACCCUGAUCUCCAUGAAAACCAGUAUCUAGUUUACUUCAUCCUGGAGAAGGAGAUAGCCAACACCUCCAUGUCCAUGUUGUUCUCCAUCAACCCAGAGAAUGGUAAUCUUUACGCACUGAAAACUUUUGACUAUGAGAUCGAGAAGGAGUUUCUUUUCCACAUCGAGGCCAGAGACUCUGGCUCUCCUCCACUCAGCAGUAACGUGACUGUACACAUCAUUAUUGUGGACCAGAAUGAUAACGCUCCGGUUAUUGUCUCUCCGUGGCGCGCGCACGGCUCAUUGGUGGAGGAAAAGAUCCCCAGAUCCACUGAUAAAGGAUCACUGGUUGCCAAAGUGAUCGCUUUAGACACAGACUCGGUGCACAACUCUCGGAUUACCUACCAGUUUCUACAAGUGACUGACGCCACCUUGUUCAGUCUGGACCAAUAUAACGGAGAAAUCCGGACUAUGAGGAUGUUCAGUUACAAAGAUCCACGCCACCAGAGAAUGGUUGUUGUUGCCAAGGACAACGGGGAGCCGGCUCUCUCUGCUACAGUCACCAUCAAACUAUCCACAAUGGAGACUGCAGUUAAGGCCUACUCUGACAUGACUGAGGUGCCUCUGGAGUACGACAUAUUCUCAGACCUGAACCUGUAUUUGGUGAUCGGUCUGGGCUCUGUGUCAUUUCUCCUGCUGAUCACCAUAUUGGUCACCAUUGUGCUCAAGUGUCAGACACCUAAGAGCAGCAAAGCAGCUCCUCCCAGCAGGAACAGUGUGAUCAGUGAGAGGAACUCCACCAUCGCAGAUUCCACUCUGGUGUCCAACGAUGCCUACUGGUACAGUCUGUUUCUAGCAGAGACCAGGAAAGGAAAGAUGGUGGUCAGACAGCCGGUGCCAAAGGGCUCCAGAUACAUCGUGUCCAGUAUCCCAAGAGGAACAGGACUGUCGGAUACUAGUGACUCAGCAGCUUCUACUCUGCAGGUAGGAAUUAAUACACACACUUUGACAAAAUAUGGUAAUAAUGAUACAUCUCGUUUUAAUUAUAAAGAGUUUGAUAAACAAAAAAAAAAUCUAGGAAAUAAACGCCAGAGGUGAACCUGAUUUUAUU